AUGGUCGCUGUCGACUACAAGGUCCCCUUACCGGCGUCGCCGCCGCCAAGCCCGCCCCGUGGUAUGCCGAGCGCAAACGAAGCCGGUGCUGGUGGGAUCACCACCGCAGUCCCUUCCACUUCGAGCAAAGGUGCCGUUGCCGCCGUCGCAGCAGCGCAUGCGGCCAAGUCCAUAGGUGGCCCGACGCCGAUCCCCAGUCCAGAUGUAUCGCACGACGAUCUCCAGGCCGACGGGUCGUCCCGUGCCGACGCCGUCGACGCCGACGCUGCUGCUGCUGGCGGUGCUGUCCGCUCACAGCUCCCGCGUCUGACCGACUUUGAGCUCAUUCGGGUCCUCGGAAAGGGUUGUGCCGGGAGGGUGUUACUCGUCAAGCACACUCCAUCGGCUCGCGUGCACGCGAUGAAAGCCAUCUCAAAGCGUGCCGUGCUCGCCAACGACGAGCUUGACCACACGCUCGCCGAGCAGCGGAUUUUGGCCCUGUGUGCCAUGCGCGAGCGCCGCAGUGCAUUCAUCUCGCGUCUCUACUACUCGUUCUGCGACAAAGAGAACUUUUACCUCGUGAUGGAGUUUUAUCCAGGUGGAGACCUGGCGACUCAGAUGGAGAUCCACGGCGUGCUUGGUCCCCUCCGCACGCGUUUCUACACGUGUGACAUUGUCGCGGGCCUCGAGACAUUGCACAAGGAAGGUAUCCUUGUUCGCGACCUCAAGCCUGAAAACAUCUUGCUCAACUGGCAUGGCCACGCCGUGCUGGCAGACUUUGGCCUGUCAAAGUCGUUUGGAUACCGCGGUGACCCCGUCCCCGUCAAGCUCCCGCCCGACUACAUCGAGGGCAAGGGCACGCCUCCAAACUACGCCGGCAAGGGCUUUGGCUCUUACCGCAACGGCGAGCUGACAUGGGACCGGGCGUACUCGUUUGUCGGCACACAAGAGUACCUUGCGCCCGAAGUGAUCAAGCGCAACCACUACACCUACGCCAUUGACUGGUGGGCGCUGGGCUGUAUUGUGUGCGAGUGCUUGACAGGCCGUGUCCCCUUCCGCGGCCACGACGACGAGAGUAACGCUGAGCUGUACGAGCGUGUGAUCAAUGCGCGCUGGGACGCCAUGUACCGUGGCGACCACCCGCGCAGUUACCUCAAGGAGCGCUAUCGCAUCGACACGACCACUUACGACUUUAUUGAUGGACUUCUUCAAAAGGAGCCAAUGUUCCGUCUUACCGAACCUUCUGUCUCAAACCACCCUUAUUUUACCAAUGUUGACUGGGAGACUGUGGAGAAGGGCGAUUACCAGGACCCGUUUCAGCUCGACAUCGACCCCGUUGCCGAGUACAAUACCCAGUUCUUCCCUCGCCUCUGUCUCGAGGAGACUCCCUCGGUCGACAUGUCGGGCCAUGACUAUGGCAAGGAGCCGGACGGAGAGCAGAACGCGCUCAACAAUGACGAGAUUUACAACGCGGCCCAGGCCGAGUUUGCGCGCGAGCUCGAGUCGUUUGAGUGGACGUGCCAGUACACGUACGACUUGGACGAGAACGAGCAGGUCGCCGACGCCGAGGUGGCCGACGCAGCCCCCGACGCCAUGGAGCAGGACGAGCCUGAGCUUGCUCGCCCCGCAUCCAUUGUCCGCCCCACGUCGGUCAUGUCUGGUGCGCCGUCGAUUGUCACAUCACUCCCGUCGGCUGUGUCCACGACACCGUCCAGCACCGACGACAUUCCCACCAUCCCUUCAGAGCCCGCAGACAGCGUCAUGGAGUCGCUCAAGGACCCCGAGCCGGAGCUGGACAGGGAAGGCGCGGCGUCGCCAGUCUCCUCAAAACCGCCCUCCGUGCGCACCACUGCGUCGGCAAAGGUGUCGUCUCGUGCGCCAUCUAUCAUUCUUCCUCUUGUGGACGACCAGCCUGAGGCGAUCGCAGCUCCUGCUGUUCUCAACGAUAUUCCCGACACCACCAAGCCGCCUGCGCUGCUUCCAAUGUCCCCUUCCGAAGGCAAGGUCCCUCCCAACCUCACUGUACGCCUCCCGUCUGGGCCUCCCUCCAGCGGUCUCUCUGUCUCGGACGUCAUUGCCAUCGGCUCGACCUCGCAGGGUAGCCCCAACUUGCUCAUCCGCCGUCACCGGCAGCUUCCCAGCAUUGACAAGUACCCGCACGCGCGGCUAUCGGUCGAGCUCAACGGGACGUUUGGAGCGCUCGGCGAUGAGGACUGGGAGCAGCUCGAUGCCGAGGCCAUCCCCGAGAUGAUCAAUGGCGCCAACGCAAAGGGCCAAAGCUCGGCUCCCAACUCGUUCUUUGCCCGACUCCGCCCGCGUACGACCUCUCGCAUCCUGUCGCGUACGGGCCGUAACGCGUCCAUCCGUGUACCUUCUGGUCUCCGCAAGGCCGUCACCUCGGACUCGGACACUUCGUCUGAGCGCAGCCCUUCAAAAGCGGCUCGUCAGCCCCUGUUUGCUUCGCGCGGUAUCGAGAACACCAAGAAGGCGUUUACCCGCAUCAAGGCGUUCCCGCCUGCCAAGCGCAACGAGCGUAACGUGUCAGGAGGUGGUGUGUCUGGCGCCUCGUCCACAUCGCCGUCGCCCGUCGCUUCCAUCAGGGGUCUGGGUCUACCCAACUCCCGGUCCAUGACUACCGGCAUGCGGGAUACCUUGCAGGUCGACCACGCGACAGUUCGUCGUGGCGGCAGCAUCAAGGCCAGCGGUAAGCGCGGGUCGUCGCGCAGCGCCGCCGACCUGCCCAGCCUCUUCUCGAGGCCAAAGGUGCGCCGUGCCAAGAUGGACGACAACAGCACCGGCAGCGGUGGCGGCUCGACGAGCACCAGUGUAUCGGCCAGCCCGAGCCUGGUGACCCUCGACGAGCCCAUUGUCCUCCAGGUGCCCUCUGUCGCUGUCAACCCCGCCGUGCCCCGCGUCGAGCUCACCACCACUGCGCCGAUUGUGUGGGAACUCUCGCUCGAGGGCAAGUAG